CGAAUGUUAGACGCCGCCUCAAAAGGUCGUCCUCUUGUCCUCAACUUCGGGUCUUGUUCCUGACCUCCAUUCAUGGAGGACCUCGUCAAGUUCAGGAAGGUGGUGACUAUGUACGGUGACGUUGCGGACUUCCUGAUCGUGUACAUACAAGAGGCGCAUCCCACAGAUGGGUGGCUCAUCCCAAAUACUGUCGAAAUCCCUACUCACAAGAGUGUGCAAGAUCGUCUGGCAGCGGUGCGCUACAUGAUGGAGCUCGAGCCCGUCAACUGUCCCGUGGUGGUGGACAGCGAGAGCGGCGCAGCUUGUGAGGAAUACACCGCUCUGCCGGAGAGGCUUUUCGUAGUGCUUGACGGCAAAAUCGUUUAUCACGGUGCACAAGGACCAUUUGGCUAUAAGAUGGCUGAACUGGAAACGUGGUUGUCUAAUUGGAAGACAUCACUCUAGAUCACCUACAGUCCACCACGACCUAGCGUACGUGGUGAUCACAAAACUUCUAAAAGCAUCAAUAUACUACUGUGUAACAAAAAUUGCAUCAUUAUUAUGAUCAAAUAAUUUCCUCAUAUAUUUUGAUGGUUUCUCUUACUCCGAAUGAGCCUUUUCAUUUAACUGAGGCGGCGUUUGCUGACAAGCUAAGAAGUGAUUAGAGACGUUGUCAUAAUAUAACUCUGAUGAAGACUUGGAUCCCAAAUUGCUUAUGCAAAAUUCCAAGACUGACAUUUAAUCGCACCGUUCAUAUAUUUGGUAACGUCUCUACAUAAACUUCUUGGAUGAAUUUUGCUUAACUGCUCGGUUUGUUGUUCAUUUAGUAAGCGCCAAAAUUAUGGUAUUGCAUUACUUCUGCAAUAAAGUAUCGUGGAUCAAAA